GAAAGCAGUUUGCGAGGUAUCCAAUUAGCAACCGCAACGAAUUCCGUGCAUGGGAUAUUGACGCUGGCUUGUGGCUGGGGUCAGAAGCCUGAGCUUGCGAUCUAAGACACAUUGCAUUACAAUAUAUCUGUCGCCGAUUUACCAGAUUUCGUCUCACAAGGAGACCUCAGGCAUUCUAAAAGUCUGAGACCUAUGGAUAUUCGCUCUAAGCUUUUCAUGUUAUAGUUCAUACAUAUCAAAACAAUUCGAACAGCCUGUAACAUCUCCAUAGUUGGCUUGGGACAGUCCUAUGCUUUGCCUUCUGCUGCAGCUGAUCAGCGUAGUGGACGCCCAGUUUUGAGCAGCUGCAUGCGCCUUGCACGAUGAAGGUGGACUUCACCCUUAAGCGCUUUCCUAUCAACGGCCGCCUGAAGGAGCAGUGUGGGCUGCCCUUCAGCGCCGUGCUGCAGCCCUACCACAAGCUCAGCGAGAGGGAUGCGGCGGCGGGGGGCGCCUCGGAGGUGGCCAGCGAUGACAUCGCGCGCUGCAAACACUGCUACGCCUACGUGAACUGCUACUGCGCCUUCGACACCGCCGGCUGGGUGUGCUCGCUGUGCAACAAACACAACAGCCUCAAGCCGCAGCAGAUGAGGCGCUACCGUCUGGACCCCGCCCACCUGCAGCAGCUGCCCGAGGUGCGCUGCGAGGUGUUCGAGGCGCUGGCGGAGCACCCCGCGCACGUGCACCUGCCAGGGCAGCAGGACCAGGGUUUCGUGAGCGGCCCCGCGCCCACCGUGCUCGCGCUGGUUGACACCUCCGCGGGCGAGGAGUUCCUGGAGCUGGUGCGCAGCUCGCUGGAGGCGGCGCUGGAGGCGCUGCCGCCCGUCACACGCUUCGGACUCAUCACCAUGUCGCACCGGAUCGGGCUAUACGACGUGCGCGCCCCCGAGCCCUGUGUGCGCUACGUGCCGCUGUACGAGCCGGUCCUGCGCCCCGGCUCCUCGCCCGCCUCCUCCGCCGCCGCCAGCCCCGCAGUGGGCGCCCCGCUGGGUGAGGUGCUGCCGCUGAGUGCGCUGCUGGCGCCGGUGGGGGCGUACAAGGGGGCCAUCACGCGGGCGCUGGAGGAGCAGCUGCAGCCGGAGGAGGGCUUUGGUGACAGCAGCAGCGGUGGCGCUGAGGACCUGCCCUCCCCCCUCCCUGGCGCACCCCUACCGCACCACCACCCCUCCUCCGCCUCCUCGGCUGCUGCUGCUGCUGCCUCUCCGCCCGGUCAGGAAGCCGGCAUGAGCCGCUCAGCAGCAGCAGCCACCACCACCGCUGCCGCUGCUGCUGCUGCUCCUGCUCCUGCCGCCGCAGCGGGCGGUGCUCCUGCUGUUGCCGCUGCUGCCUCCCCCACUCGCCCGCUCGCCUCCCGGGGUGUGGGUCCGGCCCUGGUGGCGGUGCUGGACUACCUCAAGGUGCUGCAGCAGCCGCCCUUCCUGCCCCCCGCUGCUGUCCCCGGCUCCUCCUCCGGCACCACCACCACCGCGGCCGCUGCUGCGGGGGCUGACCACCUGCCCGCCAACCCCAGUCCGGUGAAGCUGCUGCUGUUCCUGGCAGGCCCCCCUGACUACGGCAUCGGUCGCCUGGUCAACCCUCGCCGUCGCAAGGCAGCAGCCGCAGCAUUCGCACGUGCACAGCUGGCAGCAGCCGCAGCGGCAGUGGCAGCUCAGGCCAACGGCAGUGGCAGCGGCAGCGCCGCAACGCCUCCCCAACCCCAACCCCACGCCGACGCUUCUGCCGUACCACCCCCUCCUCCUCCGCCUCCCUCCCUGCCUGCUCCCGAUCCUGACGCCUGGAUCCACGACGUGCCCUCCUCCUCGGUGGAGUUCUACCAGCAGGCUGCCGCCGCCUGCGCCUCCCUGGGUAUCAGUGUGGACCUGUUCGCGGUGUGCGGCGGGGCGCUGGGGCUGCGGCACCUGGAGCCGCUGGCGGGCAGCACCGGGGGCGCCAUGUACCUGUACCCCGCGGUGGAGGACAGCGCCAUGCCGCAGGACGUCUACCUGCGCCUGUCCGCCCCCGCCGCCUGGUGUGGCGAGGUGAGGCUGCGCACCAGCCCGCAGUUCCGAGUGGUGCGCCACUACGGCCGCCUGCUGCCCGACCCCACCAUUCCCGACCUGCACCACGUCAGCGCGGCGGACCCCAGCGAUGCGUUCGCGGUUGACUUUGACUUCACCUCGCCCUCGGGCUUCUCCGGCAGCGCUGCCAGCCUGCCGCCCACCCUGCAAAUCGCAUUCCGCUACACCGCCCUCGUAUGCGUCAAGAAGCAGCAGCAACCCCAGCCCCAGCAAGACCCGCAAGCAGCAGCUGCAGCGGCAGGGACAGGGACAGGGGCAGCAGCAGCCGGGGCAGGCGGCGGCGGGGAGGUUCGGGAGUACUGGCUUCAGCGGCGACUGAGGGUGGCAACGUACCGGGUCAACGUGGCCGCCACGGUUGCCGACGUGUACGCGCACACGCAGCCCGAGGCGGUGGUGACGCUGCUGAUGCACAAGAUCAUGCGCGCGGCGGAGGCGCAGGGCCCUCACGAGGCCCGGCUGCUGCUGCGGGACUGGCUGGUGCUGCUGGCGCUCAACUACCACAGGAACGCGCACCCCAACCUGACGCCCCAGCAGCUGGCAGCGGUGCCGGCUGACCUGCACUUCACGCAGGCCCCCCAGCUGGCCCCCCUGCCGCGGCUCGUGUACGCGCUGCUGCGCUCCCCCCUGCUGGCGCCCCCGCCCCUGCCACCGCCACCCCCGCCCUCCGAGGGGGCCUCACCCGAGGGCUCGCAUGAGGGGGGAGGUGGAGGUGGUGGCGGGCAGCACCCCGACCUUACGUCCUUCCUGCGCCACCUGUGGGGCGCACUGCCGCCCGGGGAGCUGGUGCGGGCGGUGUACCCCGUCAUGCAGUCCUACCACCACCCCGACCAGCUGGCGCUGCCCCGCCACUCGCUCAGCCGGGCCGCACUGGCGGGGCCGGAUGCGCCGCCCAUAUUCCUGCUGGACGCGUACAUCCUCAUACUGGUGUACUACACCUCCCGCUGCCCCCCCGAGCUGCCCUUCCCGCCGCCCCAGCAGUCCGCACUGCGCAAGGCGGUGGCGGCCAUACGCAGCGAGCGCCGCAUAACACCCAUGGUGAAGCUGCUGCGCGAGGGCAGUGAGGAGGCGGAGCUGUUCGACCAGCUGCUGCUGGACGAGCCGGUGGGACACUUCGACAACCAGCCGCCACCGCAGCAAGCGGAUGGAGAGGGCGGCAGUAGCGCCCCCGCAGCAAGCGUCGGCAGCAGCAGCAGCCGGGGUGGAAGCGGUGGCGGUGGCGGUGGUGGUGGUAGCAGUGGUUUUGGUUUGGUUCAGUUCCUGGAGCAUGUACAAGGGGAGGCGGCGCUGCAGCUGAGGCAUGAGGCGGCGUUGGCAGCACAGCAGCGUUAGGGGCGUCUUUGUCAUCCGGGGGCAUGUAGGUGGGUGCGUGCAGCGCGGCGGAGUUGUAACGACGUCACCCGUGACCCGUUGAUGCGGUUGCCGGUGUCGCUGCUGCAGCGGCCAUCGGUACGGCCGCUGCCCGGGUGUGUACUUGUAAUGGGAGUGGGAGCGGAAGGUGUGGGGCUGCUGAGCGGCUCUGGGAGUGCUGAGGCGGGUUUGGUGUGAUCGGUUGCGAUCAACUUUUUUGGAGGCUGGGUUGUGUACGACAAGAGUAGCAUGGGUACGUGUCCCAAUGUACGGCCCCGUGCAUGGGUACGGCAAGCCUGGUAGCGUGGUGGGCAGCACGAGAUGGGGGGAAAAAAGAAAUUCCAAAGUGUGGUAUGAUAAUGAUACGAGAUGGGGCGGGGUGCAUGGGAGGGAGUGAGAGAGGCAGCCGUGUGCUCCUGCUGAAAGGAGGGAUGUGCGCGCAUGACGUCUUCGACCAGCUUUGUUCGGUUUGGCACCGGCGUGGUUUGCGGCUGGGGCUUUGGAGGUUGCAACAAGGAAGGAGGAAGGAGCUGGCUAUAUACUCGCGUCGCAUGGUACAUGAUGCUUGGCUGCGGACAUAAGGUGGCCUGAAAGUGGCAGCCGUGAAGGGGUCCGAAGGACAGUACAGCAGGGGG